GGGUUGCGAAUGUGUCGCUGGCUCUUAUUAAAUCAUAUUCGUGCAUAAUGUAUAUUUUUAUAUUCAUUUGUAAAAUAGAUCUUUAUCAAAAAAUUUCCCCUAUUGAUGAACGCUAUCUGACAGUCAAAACACCCUGCAAAUGAUGUCUGGACAUUUGCUUUGAAAAUACUGCCAUUAUGAAGACUGCGAUUUUAUCGCAUUACAUUGUUUUGACAGCUGUGCCCCCUCAACUGCAGAAAUAUAUACGAAAACUAUGGCUGCUGCCUCAGUUUUGAACAUGGAUGCCCUGCGGGAGGUGCUUGAGUGUCCCAUAUGUAUGGAAACAUACACUGAAGAACUGCUGAGACCAAAGCUCUUGCAUUGUGGUCAUACCACAUGCAUACAGUGCCUGGAAAAGCUGUUAGCCAGUAACAUAAAUGGAGUGCGUUGCCCAUUUUGCAGUCGGGUAACACGUGUCACCAGCUUAGCCCACUUAGCUGAUAACUUGACUGUGCUAAAGAUCAUUAACACUAGUGAGUUGGGUCAGGCUGUUUCUGGACUGAUGUGCAAAUCCUGUAAGCGAAAGCUACCACGGUACUUCUGUAAGACCUGCGUUGUUUCACUAUGCAGUUCCUGCAAAGAGGCAGAUCACACACCACUAAACCAUAUUGUACUUUCACUACAUGAUGCUGCGAAUGAACGCAGAAAAUCGUUAGAAGAAAGGCUUGCUAAGCUCAGACAGGGCAUGCAGGAUCUGCAGAAAAGAAAAGCCAUAUUGGAGGCUCUUACUGCUCAGGUUAAGUGCAAAUACAAGUCAGUUUUACUAGAUUACAGCAAAGAAGAAUGUCGAGUGCAGGAAGAGUUAGCCCGCUCACGAAAACUGUUCACGUCAUCCUUGUCAGAGGUUGAAAAACUAAACAGCCAGAUGCUUGAUGACCAAGCUUAUCUACUAAAUAUAACCGAGGUGCAGGUGGUUUCUAGGUGUGAUUAUAUUUUGCUAAAAAUAAAGCAGUCAGAUACAGCUCUUUUGGAAGACUCUCUAGAAGAGGAAGCUGAGACUGAAAUUGCAGCUGACUUGCCAUCAGAGCUGACUUUGCAGGAUCCUGAGUUUCUCAAAGUAGGACAUGCUGGUCCAAUACAGGUUGGCCAAGUUGUCAAGAAGCCUUACAUUGUGAAUAUGCAGGAACCUCUUCCCGAAGUUACUACAUUUGGAACAGUUUCAUAUAAAGAGAUAGAGAUGCAGUCAGAGGAGAUAAGCAGCAUGCAGUCAUGCCCAUCUCCUCCUCUUACCAAACUUUCUGAAGCAACAUGCAACUUGCAGCAGUGUCAUUUCCUAAGGAAGAUGGGCUCAAAAGGAAACAUGCCUGGCAUGUUUAACCUUCCAGUGAGUCUUCAUGUUACUGCACUAGGGGAAGUGUUAGUGGCUGACAGAGGCAACUGCAGGAUCCAAGUCUUUAACAGAAAAGGCUUCUUGAGAGAAAUUAGGCGAAGCCCUUCUGGCAUUGACACUUUUGUGCUGAGCUUCCUUGGGGCAGAUUUGCCCAAUCUCAUUCCAUUAUCUGUAACAAUGAACUGCCAUGGGCUUAUAGGAGUGACAGACAAUUAUGAUAACUCAGUGAAGGUGUAUACAAUGGAGGGACAUUGUAUAGCAUGCCACAGAAGUCAGCUCAGCAAGCCUUGGGGAAUUGCAGCUAUGCCCUCGGGUCAGUUUGUGGUAACUGAUGUUGAAGGAGGGAAACUUUGGUGCCUAACUGUAGAUCGUAGCUUGGGAGUCGUGAAGUACAAUCGGCUCUGCAAUGCUGUGCGUCCCAAGUUUGUCACUUGUGACCACGAAGGGACUGUAUAUUUUACCCAAGGACUUGGCCUUAACCUGGAAAACCGUCAAUUUGAGCAUCAUCUAGAGGGUGGCUUCUCUAUUGGCUCUGUAGGGUCUGAUGGACAACUAGGGAGGCAGAUCAGCCACUUCUUUUCUGAAAAUGAAGACUUUCGUUGCAUUGCAGGAAUGUGUGUUGGAGCUCGUGGAGAUUUGAUAGUUGCAGACAGUGGUCGCAAAGAGAUACUUCAUUUUCCUAAAAGUGGAGGCUACAGUAUCUUGAUUAGGGAGGGCCUGACUUGUCCAGUGGGAGUUUCUGUCACUCCUAAGGGACAGUUGUUGGUGCUGGAUUGUUGGGAUCACUGUAUUAAAAUAUACAGUUAUAAUGUACGCAGGUAUUCUACCCCUUAGGUGAAACCCAGUUUUUAGAAUUCCUAGAUACCACUCAGGCUUGUAAAACAAAUAGAUGGUCCCUGUACAGCUCUCUGUGGACUUUGGAAACCUUGAAGUAAUGUUAAAACUGUGCAAGUGCUAGCUUACACACCAGUAAACCUAUAGCACUUAAUAUACAACAUUAGUAUAUGUAACUCGCCUUGUUUCUAUUGUACCUGCCCUUGUCUUAUGUAACCAUGUUGGAUGUGAAUUUUCUUUAAAAUUAAGUCUCAAUCAAGACGAAUAUAUAGCCGUUUUGUUUACUGUGACAAUGUAUAUCAGAACUAUCUUAGCAGUUAAAAAACAAAUCAGACAGCAUUAAUUAUUUAUGCAUGUUUAGCAAUACCUGGCAAAGUGAUUAAAUACUUAGUAAAGAACACAAAAAAAUGAAGAAAACAAAGCAUGAUAUGCACAGCAUUACAGGAGAGAGAUGUAUUUCUGCUUCUAACAAACAAUUACUUUAAAGUGUAGGUUUCUUAAUAGACACAUCAAUUGAAAUGAAGUUUUCACCAUCUGUUCUGCCCUAGAAUUGCAGAAGGGAAAUGAUUUGCAGUCAUGUCAUGAGAAGUGAGAUGGAAAAGCUUUAAGUCCCUGCUCCUGUCAUUUAUUUCUUGCUACUUGCUUCUGUCUUAUUACAGACAUAUACAGAGAGAGAAAAUAAAGCUGGUGCCAUUAACCCUGCUCCCAUAGUUGUAGACACCUCUAAGAUUAGAGAUAAAAGAUCACACAAACGUUCUCCUAGUCUACUCGAUUACAAUUAAAUGUAUAUAUGAAACUGUAGUUACUUGAUUUUGUGGGUGGAGUAUUAAAUCAAUAUGUUCUAUUUUCAAUUUAGACCUUUUAGUGAUUGACUAUAUCUGCAAUUUUCCACAUUUAAGAUCUAUUCUGAUGCUGUAUUAAAUAAAGCAAUCAUCAGCCUGAA